GUGUGGAGCCUUACCUUGUCUUCAGCAACAGAUAUUACAUCAGAAACCUGACUGUCGACGGAAGCAGCUACAACCUCGUCAAGCAAGGACUGACCAAUGCUAUCGCUAUGGACUACGACCUUCAGGAACAGCGGUACUACUAUUCCGACCUUGGCACAAACCUGAUCAAACGCAUGUUCAUGAACGGUACGGGAGAGGAAACAGUCAUCGACCAGAACAUUCCACUGGUGGAAGGCAUGGCUGUAGACUGGGUUGGCAGGAAGCUGUACUGGAAUGACAGGAGGAUGAAGAAGAUGUUUGUGUCAGAGCUGAACGGGAGGUCCCGCAGGACGCACCACCAGGGCUGCAUCAGCAAGAAUAACACUGACUACUGCAUGCAGGAGCCAAGGGCGCUGGCUGUGGAUCCAAAAGAAGCGUACAUCUACUUCACAGACUGGGGUUACCGUGCGUACAUCGGCCGGAUCUCGGCAGACGGGACGCAGAAGGAGGUCCUGAUCACGGAGAAGGUCAGCUGGCCGAACGCCCUGACCAUGGAGUACGCCACGGGCAGGCUGUUCUGGGCAGACGCUCAUCUGGACUUCAUCGAAUUCUGUAACAAAGAUGGCAGUAACCGUCACACGAUCAUCGGCCCCGCGGCUGAUGGCACCGCGCCACACCCCUUCGCCAUGACGCUGUUCGAAGACUGGAUCUACUGGACAGACUGGAACACCAAGACCGUGGAGAAGGCUCGCAAACUGAACGGCACCGAGAGAACCACCAUGGUCAACACUGUCCACCGGCCUAUGGACAUCCACAUUGUCCAUCCACAGAGGCAGAUGCCAUUUGUGAACCCGUGUGGAGACAACAAUGGCGGGUGUUCCCACCUGUGCCUGAUGGCUCCGGAGAGGAGAGGCUACACAUGUGCCUGUCCUGACAACUUCAACCUGGGCUUUGACAGGAGAACGUGCAUCGCCAACUGUGCAGCUAACCAGUACCGCUGUGCUGACAAUGAUCGCUGUAUCCCUGACCUGUGGAAGUGUGACGGGGAGGAGGACUGUAGAGACGGGUCGGAUGAACCAGACAGCUGUCCACCGCGCCAUUGCCCAGCGGGUACUUUCCAGUGUACUAACCUGAACUGUACCUAUGCCUACUACCUCUGUGAUGGGGAUGAUGAUUGUGGGAUGGCUCGGAUGAAGAUCUCAACUGUGGGGGAAUUGGGAGUCGAUGACGUGUGCACCGGGAAGAGUUCCGCUGUGACAACCACCGCUGUAUCCCUGAACGCUGGCAUUGUGACUAUGACAAUGACUGCGGGGACAGGAGUGACGAAACUUGGCUGUCCUCCGCGGGAGUGCAGUGAGAGCGAGUUCCGCUGCGGGAACGGGCGCUGUAUCCCCGGCAGGUGGAUCUGUGACCACGACAACGACUGUGGCGACCAAUCAGACGAGCAGUCGUGUGAGGUGAUGAGUUGUGCUCCUGACCAGUUUGAGUGCCAGAGUGGACACUGUGUUGACCAGAGGUUUGUGUGUGACGGCGACCGCGACUGUCGGGACUCCUCGGACGAGUUCAACUGUCCCACGAGAUACCCAGACGGUAGCUACUGCCCAGCUAACAAGUUUGAGUGUGACAACACCAUCUGUAUCCCCAAAACAUGGCGCUGUGACGGGGACGACGAUUGUGGGGACGGGUCAGAUGAAACCAUGCAGAUUUGUUACCAGAUUGACUGUCCGGAGGAGACUCGCUUCAGGUGCAGCAAUGGUCCGUGUAUCCCUCGCUGGAAACUCUGUAACCUCAGGGAUGACUGUGGAGACGCUAGCGAUGAAAACAACCACACUAUAUGCCAGCCAACUCGCCAGAACUGCAGAGAUAAUGAGUUUAAGUGUGAGAACCACAACUGUGUGUCCAGCACUAAACUGUGCGACAAUGCUGACGACUGUGGAGACAUGUCAGAUGAGUACGGCUGUAACAGUAACAAUGAGGAGAGGAAUGAGUGUACAGAUGGAGACCAUGGAUGUGAGAGGAACUGUACAGAUAUCCAGGGUGGUUAUGUCUGCUCAUGUGGACCUGGGUAUACCAUAUCAGCUGUGGACAGCAGGUCUUGUGGAGAUGUGAAUGAGUGUGAGGUAUUCGGCAGCUGUCCUCAGGGCUGCAGGAACAACAAGGGGUCGUUCCGCUGUGUCUGUUCCCGCGGCUUCAGACUGGAGGGUGCCGAUGUGCCUGUCUGUAAGGCUGCCGAUGGUCUUGUAUACUUCACGGACACCUCCUCAAAGACUAUCAAGCGAGCGUCCCUCCCCACGGACCCCGCCCACCUUGGUAUCACCCAGGACCUGGGCAUCUCCGACCUGUCUGAGCCAGACGGCAUCGCUGUGGACUGGGUCUCUGGCCUUCUGUACUGGACUGAUGCGGGCACCAACAAAAUUGAAGUGUCCAUGCUGGAUGGGCGCUACAGGAAGACCCUCAUCAGUAACAACCUGGACAAACCUGCAGCUAUCGCUGUCAACCCUGAGAAGGGUGUGAUGUACUGGACAGACUGGGGGGCUGUUCCGAAGAUCGAGCAGGCCUGGCUGAACGGGGAACAGCGACAGGUGGUGGUCGGCACGCAGCUCGGCUGGCCGACAGGGCUGACCAUCGACUACAUGAACAACCACCGCGUGUACUGGUGCGACGCCAAGGAAAAUGUCAUCGAGUCCAUCAACUGGGACGGCACAGACAGACAGAUGGUUCUCAGUGGAGCUCUGGAGAAUCCGUUCCGACUGGAUGUGUUUGAGGGAGAGCUGUUCUGGACCACCCAGACCACAGGUAACAUCUACCACCAGGACAAGUUUGGCCGAGGGGUGAAAGUCCUGCUGCAGUCAGGAAUCAACCUCCCCACGGACAUCAAGAUUCACCAGAAAUUGAGAUACGACCAGGAAGUGAACACCAGGUGUAAGGAGAAUGUUUGCAGUCACAUGUGUCUUCAGAUCCCAGGUGGAUAUCGCUGUGUGUGCCCGGAUGGGUCUGACUUCUUACCUGACAGCCAGACACAGUGUGAUGCAGCUAUUUCUGAGCCCAUCGACCCCCCUCUUGUCUGCUCCUGUGUGAAUGGAGGAGUCUGUGUCAUCAGCCAGGGAAUACCCAAGUGCAAUUGUCCUAAGGGAUACCUGGGUGAUAACUGUGAGCUGGGUGCCUCCAGCAGUGGACCACCGGGAGGAGCAAAUGUUGCUGCAGUUGUGGUUCCCCUGCUGCUGAUCCUGAUCAUAGUUCUGGCUAUUGUUGGUUUCUUCUACUACAAGAGAAGAGGAGGCACCUUGCCCCAGCUGCCCCAGUUUUCUGAUAUCCAGCUGCCCAGGCCGAAGAUGCCUGACAUGGGUGGCUUCGGUUUCAGCAAACUGCCUCGAUUCUCUGACCUUCCCAAGCCCAAUGUCAAACUCCCAUGGCUCUUCAAGUCAGGGGUAAUAGGUGGUAACGGCACCACGGGAGGAAGUGUGUCAUUCCGAGAUGGAACAAACGUCCAGGAGCUGGGCACGCCGUCCUACAUGGGCUACGACGAUCAGGAGGCACUAGGGCCGCCAUUGGACGGGAUGGGUGGGGAGAAACCACCAAUCACGUUCUCCAACCCGAUGUACCAGGAGGUGGAGGGGGUGAUGGUGGAGGCUGGGCCUCUGCCGGAGAAAACCGGCCUGCCCGCCGACUCCCCGGUCGCCCCUCCCCGGACCCAGCACGCCGCGUCGCCACCUCCCGCCAGCCCCCCUCCCGCGUACUCGUCCCGCGAGACCAGUCCAGUUGUGGACCGGGAGGAUGACAAGGCAGGGCUGGUGAGCGAGGCAUGAUGGGAAGGGAAGGAACGAGUCUCUGAUGAUGCCAAUGCUUGCUGUAUAAUCAGUGUUACCCAUGACACAAACCCCACACACACAAAAUGUCAUUUUUAACCCUUGUCCUGCUGGAAUUUUUUUACACAAUAUUUCCAGAUAAUUUGAUGUCAUGUAGACCCUUGACUUUUUUGGCCGUGGUGGCUGUGUGAUGCGUUGGACUAGAAAUAUCCCCAAAUCGUACACAUACAAGGGCUCUAUAUAGAUGGUACUGUAUGUACAACCCAUAUAUGAGCUCUGCAGGACAAGGGUUUUAAAACAAGUUAUUUUUUGGUGAUGCCUCGGGGGAAGAGGCUUUUUGGCUUUCUUUUUACACUGUGUGGGUAACAAGUUCAAAGCAAUACUUGUUUUUGGUAAGAAUGAAUCUUGGAAGAGGUCUCAAAACCUACUGAUGUACGUAAUUUGUUUUUGACUUUGGAGUUUUAAAGAUGCAUGUUUUUGGUGUUACAAUGAUUUUUUCAUCUGUCUUGAAGAGUGAGUUUUCUGUGAGGACCAAAUUCAAAAGUUUUCAUCUUCACAAAAAGCAACAUUGUUCAGAAUUCAGAUUAGACUACAAUCUCUAUUUCCACAAUAAUCAGUUAUGCUGCCAGAGUUUUUGACUUGCAAACUUCAUGAAACAUUCCCCAAAUACUGUUAUCGUUCCAAAAUAUUGGUCAGAACAUUACAGUCAUUCAAGAAAAACAUAACUGCCUAAAAAACAACAAAUUACUUUGAAUUUGACGCAAUCAAACUGUGUGCAGUAGAUGCUGAUGAGGUGUAGUAAUAGCCGUAGGGCUUGGCACUUUUUUUGGCAUACAAAAAUGGCAUUUUGAGGCUUUUAACUUCACAUACAUUGGAGCUGGAGCUAUGGAGCUGAGAUCACACUGGUUGACCUUCAGCCCAAUUUCUUGAUCGCUGAAGGUCACCAAAUUUUACAAUCGAUAGACAGUUAAGUGUAUUUUUUGCCUGAAAAUCUGUCCUAUAACUUUGAAUAGGGCUGCAACUGCAAACGUCAGAUUGUUGUGUAUCAAAAAAAAUCACCUAGUGAUCGAGAGGACACUGGUCAUAUUCAUUUCGAGCAGACUCGUCAAGUGACUUAUUUCCUGCUACGUGACACCAGCUUUAAGUGCCUUCUCCUCUUUGAAUCCAGACCUUGAACAUGAUUAAAUCACUUAUUCCAUAGACUACCAACUACAAAAAUCAUUAUCAAAAUCCAUUUAGUUGGUCUGUUUACAAAAAUAUCAAGAACUGCUGGUAAAAAAUAUACUAGGAAGAUUUCAUUAUGCAUACAAAUCAUAGGACCUGGUGUACUGUACUUCAUACUAUUGACAUAUCCACUAAAAUUCAACAUCUAAUUUGCAUAUACCUGCUAGCACUAUAGAAACAAGAGUGCCCCAAUCUCACUACAUGUAUAAUCCAAAAUGGUGACUUUUAUUCAGAAAAUAUCAUGAUGAUAAGAGAUGAAUUUAAAUGCAGCAUGAUACAUAUAAAGAUUUAUAUACGAAUAUAUCCACCCUGCCAAAGACAUUUUAACUAAAGUUGUCAAUUCAAACAAAUUGCAAUCAACUUUUAUGAAAGUCAAAUUAUACUUUAAGUAUAAUAUAAGAGCCAUAUCUACCAAAAAAUUUCAUGCUUGACAAUUUUUAUUAGAACUAUCAAUGGACCAAAUGAAGCAUGUGAAUAUGUUAAUUGCAGAAUUGAAUAUUUUUAUAAUAAAUAUCAUAAGAGAAUUGUGUGGACAAAUCAUUAGGAAAGGCAGAACUAUAGGUGGCAUCUAUUGCAGAAAGAUCAUAGAAGUGGGGUUAGAUUGUAAGUUUUCUCCUAAAUUCUUAGAGAUACAGAAAUGAGGAAGAUUACUAUGAUACUGAACCGUCCAGACAUACUAUGAUUUGUACAGAAUGAUUCGUAAGUAUGAUUAUGAAAUUGUACAGUAUUUGAGUAUAGCUGUCAAAGUUGAUGAAGUUGUUUUACUUUUUAGUCACAUGCACAUUGGUACAAGAUGUACUUUAGCAUGUUUUAUAAAGUUACAACAUAGGAAGUUUCAACACUAGAUUGUUUACUGAUUCAACAUAUCAUUUUUAGUGUUUCUCAGUCUUAGAUUUUGUGUUACUUUCUUCGCUUUAAAAUAGAACCUCUCUGAUCCAAACC